AUGGUGACCUUCUUACACAAUGAACGAGAGGCUAACAUCGUCAACGGAUAUGAUUUGAAGGGAUCAGCGGGGGCGCGAUCGGAGAUCCUAGGGGCGUAUAUAAAGUCCGUCGAAGUCGGCCUUAGGCACAUUCAAGCAAUCCCGGCCGGUACGAUGAAGAUCCUCUUCAUUUCGUUUGCCUUGUGCGCCAUUGUUGCUGCGGCACCUCGUGAGCGACGAGAAGCUGUCUUGGGCGGCCAUGGAUUCUAUGGAGGCCAUGGAGCUUAUGGUGGUCACGGAGGUGGUUACGGAGGAUACGGAGGUGGUUACGGCGGUAUAGGCGGCUAUGGCGCACAUGGAGUAGCUGUUACCGGACCAUUCCUCGGAGCGGCAAGUGUUACGGGUCCACAUGUGGGCGCCUCUGCUAUUUCCGGUCCAGCGAUAGGUCCGGCUCGUUUAGCUGGAUCGAUGGCUGGUCCUGCUCACGUAUCUGGCGCCGUUGCUGGGCCAGCUGUCGUAACGGCAUCGGUUGCUGGUCCAGCGCACGUGGAAGGUUAUAGUGGUCCUUACGAUGGUGCCUACGGAGGUGGUUAUGCGGGUGGUGAUUAUGGAGGUGGUUAUGGGGGUUACGGAGGAUACGGAGCUGGCCUUGCUUAUGGAGGCUACGCAGGAUAUGCCGGCGGCCACGGAGGACACGGAGUAGUUGUUGCCGGACCAGCUACCCACGGCGCGGUUCUGGCCGGACCUCAUUCCGGAAGCGCGGCUGUUUCUGGACCGCAUGCCGGUUCGGUGGUAAUUGCCGGUCCUUCCGGAAAGAUCACGGCUCACGGAAGCGGUUACGGUGCCGGCAUCCAUGCUGGCCACGGCCACGGCCACUGGUAACACGCACACAAUCGUCUGCAAAAUGCAAAA